AUGGGACAAGAACGAAAUCAGACGAAUGGUGUCAAUGCCACAGCACCUCCUAUCCAGCCUUUCGUGCCGGACAAGGCAAAUCCGGCCCUUUAUACGAAUGAGAAGCGAGAGAUCUUCAUGGCUGAUUCGCCCGAAUUGCAACCAGGUCCCAAUGACUGCGUUGUACGCAUGCGAUGUAAUGGUAUUUGCGGAUCUGAUGUUCACUUCUGGCACACCGGCCGCAUCGGCCCCUUGAUAGUCGACUGUCCUCACGUCCUUGGACACGAAGGCGCUGGAGAAGUGGUUUGGUCUGGCGCAAAUGUGAAGCAUCUCAAACCUGGCGAUAGAGUUGCUGUUGAACCUGGCGUCCCAUGCGAUAACUGCUAUCAAUGCUCCAGUGGCAAUUACAAUCUUUGCGCAGACGUCGCUUUCUCUGGUGUGCCUCCAUACUCAGGCUCGAUUCGAAGAUGGCAUGUUCAUCCAUCGAAAUUCUUACACAAGAUUCCCGACAACCUAUCCUUCUCGGACGGUGCACUGCUUGAGCCGCUUAGCGUUGUCCUUCACGGCUUCGAACGAGCUCCGAUCAAACUGGGUGAACCGACUGUCAUCUGUGGUGCUGGACCGAUUGGAAUGUGUGCUUUGGCUGUUGCAAAAGCGAGUGGCGCUGCGCCCAUCAUUGUCACUGACUUGGAUGCCGGACGACUGAAGUUUGCUAAAGAAUGGGUGCCGAACUGCAUACCUUUCCAGAUUGAUCUGAAGAAGAGCGCCGAGGAGACCGCCAAGCACAUUGUUCAGACCUGUAUAGAUGCCGGUGCUGAUCAACCAAGAGUCGUCUACGAGUGCACAGGUGUGCAACAAAGCGUGGUGACAGCUUGCUACCUCCCAAGAGCAGCAGGACAAGUCAUGGUGAUCGGUGUCGGAAAGCCGAUCAUGAACGAGAUUCCUUUCAUGCACAUUUCACUGGCAGAGGUCGAUCUCAAAUUCAUCAACAGAUACCACCACACUUGGCCAUCGGCGAUCAGCUUACUGCAGCACAAGGUCAUCGAUCUACAACCCUUGGUAACACAUCGCUACACUUUGGAUCAAGCACGAGAUGCACUGGCAGCGUCGGCAGAUCGUGGUUCGGGUUCUAUCAAAAUUCACAUCGAGGACAACGAGCCCUGA